AUGUCAUGGUGGAAGAGGGCUUACCAUCAACGAAGUCAGAGACAACGGGUUUUAGAUUCCCAAUUUGAACUCGUUAACUCGAUGCGUGAUUUGGAAAUGUGUAAAGUGUCGGACCCAAAGAGGAAAAAAAAAAGGCGCUUAGAAGUCAAACGAUAUGGUGUCAUAUUCAUGUGCUUGGCAGCUCUGCGACGAUUCAUCACACGUCGUGGAAAUGUCAGAACCAUCAGAAGUGACAACGGCACGAAUUUUGUUGGUGCUGAUAACGAAUUCAAGCGUGCUUUUAAGGAAUUGGAUCGUGAAAAAAUUGAUACAUUUCACAAUGACAAUGGUUGUGAUGCAAUUGAAUGGCGAAGAAAUCCACCUUAUGCUAGUCAUUUCGAUGGUGUCUGGGAACGGCAAAUUUGCACAGUGAGAUCUAUAUCGGAAGAUCUUUUGAAGACCCAUGGCCACAGCAUCAACGAUGAAAAUCUGCGCACACUGCUAUGCGAAAUUGAGGCUGUUGUCAACUCGAGGCCAUUGACGGUGACCACCUUAAGUGAUCCAGAAAGUCUGCUGCCGAUUUCGCCAAGCAACCUUCUCAUGACAAAAACAAGGGUUAUUGCACCUCCACCUGGAGCAUUUGAUGCUGUUGACGUAUACAGUAGACGUCGUUGGCAACGCAUACAGCAUAUCACAAACGAAUUUUGGAGUCGAUGGCAAAAACAAUUUCUUGCAACGUUGCAAGAGAAAUCCAAAUGA